AUACUCACUCUCUCUCACUCAUUAAUUUAAGACCCGUGAACAGGUCAGCAACACACCUUGUGACCGAGUUUGUUCUCCUGGGAUUCCCUGGUGACUGGAAGACACAGAUUUUCCUCUUCUCAUUGCUUGUGGUGAUUUACGUCCUGACACUGCUGGGAAAUGGAGCUAUCAUCUGUGCAGUGAGGUGGGACGCACGCCUGCAUACUCCUAUGUACUUUCUGCUGGGAAAUUUUGCCUUCCUGGAGAUCUGGUAUGUUUCCUCCACGGUCCCCAACAUGCUAGCCAACAUCCUCUCUGAGACCAAGGCCAUCUCAUUUUCCAGGUGCUUCCUCCAGUUCUAUUUCUUCUUUUCACUGGGCACAACUGAAUGUCUCUUCUUAGCAGUAAUGGCUUAUGAUCGAUACCUGGCCAUCUGCCGCCCACUGCACUACCCCACCAUUAUGACCGGGAGGCUCUGUGGUCUGCUGGUGUCUUUCUGCUGGCUCAUUGGAUUCCUUGGGUACCCAAUUCCCAUUUUCUUUAUCUCCCAACUCCCCUUCUGUGGUCCGAAUGUCAUUGAUCACUUCCUGUGUGACAUGGAUCCACUGAUGGCUCUGUCUUGCGCUCCAGCUCCAAUUACUGAAUCUGUUUUCUACACACAGAGCUCCCUUGUCCUCUUUUGCACUGUUCUGUACAUUCUGCGUUCCUACGUCCUCUUGCUCAGAGCUGUUUUUCGCGUACCUUCCGCAGCUGGCCGGCGAAAGGCCUUUUCUACCUGUGGUUGUCACUUAGUUGUGGUGUGUCUUUUCUAUGGAACAGUCAUGGUGAUGUAUGUGAGUCCUACGUAUGGCAUCCCAACUUUGAUGCAGAAGGUUCUCACACUGGUGUAUUCAGUAAUGACUCCUCUUUUUAACCCCCUGAUCUAUAGUCUUCGUAAUAAAGACAUGAAAGUUGCCCUGAGAAACGUCCUGUUUGGAAUGAGAGCUUGUCAAAAAUCAUGAGCCAAAUGUAUGCCUUACUUCCAGAUUCUA